CUAAUCUAUAACUGGUCUAAGGAGAAGCAAAUCUAAUAAACAGCUGUUUCGACUUCCAACUUUCAGCUCACGAGCUCAGAUCUCAGAUGUCCGAUCGACCUUGUUUGUAAUUAAUAUAGGUUAAGUUAUCAUUUGCUUCAAUUUCCUAUUAAAUCAAUCAAAAAUGCCUGAUGUCGAAAAAAUCCAAAUUCCUACGACUGAAAGUUUGCUUGUGAAAGCAGUCAGUAGCUUUGUCGCAUUCUUUGAAGCACCAGGAGAUUGGGUUCGCAAGACCAUAGUCGAGCCAAAUCAAAAAAAGUACCCUUAUUACCAUCAGCAAUUUAGAAGAGUGCCAACUAUUGACCAGUGCUAUGAUGAUGACGUCAUUUGUAAAUUUGAAGCCGACCAGCAGUUUGAAAGAGACAGGAAAGUAGACUCACAAAUCUUGCAGAUCCUGCGUGCGAGAGUAGAGGAUUGCUUCAUCUAUGAAGGUUACGAAGCCAACGAAAAAUGCAAACCACUACAGGAUCAGUACACCGAGGCCUCUACUAACUGGUUCAUUAAAUAUGGUGACCUGGGCAUCUACGGCAAAGCUGAGGCUUGCUACUUCAAGCAGAAGCACCGACUUAUCUGGGAACGCCGUCAUGGAGAAGUGGGAACUGGCAUGAAGGGACAAAAUGGCAAAACCACUGAGUAGAAUUGCAUUUGUGCUCACUAGAGAUAUCCAUUUGUGCUACUCGUUUAUGUUUUAGGAGAUCAGCUUUUCAAGAAUAUGUUAGUUGUUGAUUUAUAGUAAUUGGUCAAUAAAUUUAUUGUACAGAGCAAAA